GAAUAAACACCCCCCCUCGCCACAUCAGGUCAUGUGAGGAGCCAAGGCCAGGCUCUCCAAGGCGCUCUCUCCAUCCUUCAACAGUCCUGAGUACCAUGACCUCCCAACAGCCCAACUCUGGCCUUAUUUACACUCACAGCUCUGGCAGCGGAGAGAAUUUUUCCUCCCUUUGUGACUAGAGAGGAAGUUGUCACAGAUAAAUAGAGCAAGGCACGGCAGCUCCUGACACAGUUCAUCAUGACCAUGAGACACAACUGGAUUCCAGACCCUAGCCCUCUUCGGGCCCUGCUCCUCUGUGCCCACGUCAUCUCCCACCUGGCCGGAGCCACACCUGUGCCUCAGGCCACCACAGCUGCCUCACCUGGGAUGGCAAAGGAUCCCUGCUCCUCGCGGCCCCCAGCGCUCCCAGCAGCUAAGCAGUGCCCAGCGUUGACAGUGACCUGGCCAGCAGUGGAAGUCUCACUGAAUGGAACGCUGACAUUGUCCUGUACCGCCUGCAGCCGCUUCCCCCACUUCAGCAUCCUCUACUGGCUGGGCAACGGCUCCUUCAUCGAGCACCUCCCAGGCCGGCUGCGGGAGGGCAGCACCAGGCGAGAGUACAGGGGCAAGUGGACCCAGCUGUGGAGGCCGUUGGUGCUGGAGGAGCUGAGCCCUGCCCUGCGAGAUACCAACUUCUCCUGUGUUCUCAUGGAUCCUGGGCAGACUGUCCAGCGUCACCUUGUCCUGGCCCAGCUCUGGGUGAGGAACCCAAGGGAGGGCGUCCGGGACAUAAGGAGCCCUGCUUCAGUGUGGGAAGGAAAGGGUGGGCUCUGCCCACAGCAGCCUCCAGCUGAUGUCCACUGAUUGCCUCAGCCUGAGGUGGCAACUAAAAGGACCAGGACUCAGGCAGGAGAGACACGGCCUAGGGGGAAGUUCUUCCCACCUUGGCCCUGAUCCUGUUUGCUUCACUCCCCCAGGCUGGGCCGAAGACAUGUGUGCCCCCUGCCACAGGAAGCCCCUCCCUCCAGCCAGGCCCCUCUGCCGUACCAUCCCGACAGUGAACCCAAGCUCCACCGCCACCUCGUUGAAACACCACUUCUUUAUUGAGGUCCAGGCCACAGUCUGCAUCGAUUUAAUUUAUUUGUUUACUCUGUGGGCUCCUGGGAUACGGGCAGAGGCUGCUUCUGACCCACAGCUGUGUAUCUGUCACCCCAGCAAGGCCCAAGGGGGGGCAUUCAUAAACCAUCUUCAAUGGCA